AUGAACUUUGGAUUCUCAUGCUCUUUGCUAGCGCAAUUCGUUCACAACGAGUGGAUUGAGAGUUAUGACCCGACUAUAGAAGAUUCAUAUCGAACGCAUAUUCAAGUAGAUGGCCGUCAAGUCGUUUUAGAAAUUCUUGACACUGCAGGGACUGAGCAGUUUGUUGCAAUGCGAGACUUAUACAUGAAGACUGGCCAAGGGUUCCUUCUUGUAUUCAGUAUAACAUCCCCAUCGUCACUAAACGAAUUAGCUGGACUACGGGAGGAAAUCCUUCGCAUCAAAGACGACGAGAAUGUACCGAUGGUCAUUGUCGGCAACAAGGCAGACCUCGAAGAGAACCGUGCCGUGCAGAGAGCCAAAGGGUUUUCGAUAUCACAACGAUGGGGCGCGCCUUACUAUGAGGCUAGCGCCAGAACGAGAACCAAUGUCGAAGAAGUGUUUAUUGAUUUAUGUCGACAAAUGUUGCGGAAGGAUGACGAUUACCUAGGGACCACUGAGACUGACGACAGUGGGUUCAAAUUUGAUGGCUUCCGUGGCGGGCAUAAGCGCAGACGACGAAUGAGAACUCGAGAAAAGGACCAUCCUAGAUGCGCCAUUCUGUAG